AUGCCUGCCUCCCGAGAUGUCCAGGCAGCUACGCUGGAAAAAUUUAUCAACGGAUGGAAGAACUGGAAUGCCGAGGAAUGGAUGUCUACUUUCUCCGACGACUUCACGCAAGUCACUCUCCCAUUUCAGCUUGGCGUUACCACCAGAACGCGGACGCAAGUCGACCACAUUCUUCCAGCUCUGAUUGCCACAGUCAGUUCAUACGAGCUCACAGUCCACCAUGUCAUACAUGAUUCCGAUAGAAACAAAGCCGCAGUGUACGCCUUGUCAAAGGGGGCCCUUCCGUGGGGCCCCUGGCAGCUGGAGUACGCAGUGUUUAUCACAUUCUCGGAAGCGGGUGACAAGGUAGCGGUCCUGGAAGAGAUGCUGGAUUCGGUUUUCCUGCAGGACUUUGGGCCUAAGUUUGCCCAAUAUCUAGAGGACAACGGCGGGCCUCUUGCGGUAGCUCAAAGAGCAAGGUCGACAAUUACGAGCUAG